AUGGAAAAGCUUGAAGACACGGGGGCGAUCCACGUUCCUUUCAAAGAGCCGCUCGACAGGAUACGCGGAUGGUUUUCCGGAGCAUGGUCUCUCAAAUCGCAUUACAGCUUUCUCGAAGGCAACGACAUGUACUCACCGACCGAACUGCCGCUUGACGAAACGGAGCGAUUACCGCCCCUCUCGAGAGCCUCAAUAGGAUGGCGGCCCGUCAGCCCACAGCGCCUGUUUUGGUUGAUAUUACCAUCGUAUGUCGCUCGCGCAUUCGGCCGCGGCACGGCAGACGCAACUAUCCCGGCCCCGAACAGUACAUCGUAUUUGAAUGGCCUUCGCGGCAUUGCAUCGCUCAUCGUUGUACUUCAGCAUACUAUAGACGGAGAUUAUUCAAUCGUCCACCACGCCUGGGGCGAAGACGAGGAAAAUCGCUACUUUAUCCAGCUGCCGUUCGUUCGCCUCAUACAUAGUGGAGUAUUUAUGGUAUCGGUCUUCUUCGUCAUCAGCGGAUUUGCUCUUACAUACGGGCCCUUGAAAAAGUCCCAUGCGGGACAAGGCGCCACUGCCAUCACUUCUUUCCCGUCUAGCAUUUUUCGCCGUCCGUUCCGGCUCUUCCUCCCCACCAUACCUAUCAUCGCGAUCUCGACCGCCUUAAUUCCUUUCAACGCAUUCUACGCUCUCAACAGCUUCGAGCCUAUGGAGCCUGUCGCCCUCGGUCUCUGGGGCCAUCUGUACUACAUGUGGUGGACAUUAAUAACUAUCAUCACCUCCGGCUCAGCCAACACAGUCAUGCCCCAGGGCUGGACUUUGGCGGCCGAGUAUCAAGGAUCGUUACUUGUGUUUCUAUCCUGUUUGGCCUUUCUCAAAAUGGCGCCCCUGGUGCGGAUGUCAUUUACCGUCUUACUUCUGAACUACUUCUUCUACCUACGAAACUCGUACUCCUGCCUUUUUCUCGCAGGCAUGCUCAUUGCCGACUUUCGACAUAUACGGGCAAAGAUGCCAGGCUUACCGAUAAUGGCACGCAAGAUCAUUACCAUCACAUCAUGGCUACUGCUUCUGCCCAUUAUCUUUCUGGGCUGCUGGCCGAUGCAUGGUAACGCCUUCGCGGCCCCUGGAUAUUCGUGGUUUAUCGAGUUUGACACGUAUGGCUUUGGACCGCAAACCUUCUUCCAAGCCACAUGUGCUGUGGCUCUGGUGGUAGUGUUGGAAAAUUUACCUCCUUUACAGCGUCUUCUCAAUACCAAGCUGGUAUUAUACCUGGGAGAGAUCAGUUACAGUCUCUAUCUGGUUCAUUGGGGGUGUGGCAAGAACUUCCUCACUUACGGCCUCAAACUCGAGAUGAUAGAAGCCGGGUAUAGCCUGAUCGCGUCAUGGGGUUCACUUUUUGUUAUUACAAUGGUGUUAUGUUUUUGGCUAGGGGAUGUCCAUUGGCGCCUGAUUGACCAGAAAUCAGUGCGAUUCUCACAUUGGCUGAGCAGGAGUCUCGGCAUAUAG